AGUGUAAAACAUACUAACAUUUUUUUUUUUUUUUUGUAGAAUUUUCUUCCAACUUUUCCUGAAAAUGAUUUAAUGGAAAAAGAAAUCACUUUAAGAAUGCUUUUUGGUGGUCAAAGUUUUCGAUUUGGAGUUAAUCCAAUUGAUGAUUUUCAUGACAAAUUAAAAAAUGGAUAUUAUCGUCCUGAUAUUGUUAAAAUGAAAUCUUUGUUAAGACGUACUCUCAAACAAAAAUAUAGAAAAAAUCAACGUAUUAACCGUUUUAAUACAUUAAAAAAAUUACUCUCUGAAGGAAUAGAUUUGUCUAAAAUUGCUUUGCCUAUGAGUAAUCAUUUUGAUCCAACUGAAGAUAUGUAUAGAGAAAUGUUGUUAUCUUAUAAGAUAAAACAGAAGAAAAUUGAACAAGUAUAUUUUUUAAAACAAUUUAAUAUUUAUGACAGGUAUAAUAUUUUUACUUAUUUUUUUUUUUUUAAGGAAAAAGAACAAAUAAGACUUGACCUAAUGAAAGAACAGAUAAAACCAGCUGUUUCAUUCGGAAAUGAGAAAAAGAGGUCAGCAACUAGCGAUCGGUUUCGAGUGAAACGAACAAAGUUGGAUGGAUUUGAUAAUAUUACAGUAAAAUAAGAAUCAGUUGAAUCAGAACCAAUUAGUAUUCCAUUGAUUAAAAAAGAAGUAUUUCAUUAGCCAUCUCCAACUACACCAACAUCACCACCACCAAUAUCACCAUCAUUACCAUCACCACCACCUUCAACACCUAUACUUGAUUUGAUUCAAGAAGAAUCAAUUAAAACCAAUUUAGAUGCCAUAAAAUUAGAACCAAAAUUAAUUAUAACUGAUAUUGUUUAGACGGAAGAAGAAAUAGUACAAGAGAGGCAAAUUGAAGUUGAACCUAUCAGUUUAACGGCUGAUGAAAUACUUAUGGCAGAAGAAGGUCAGGCUG